UGACUGGAGGGAAAAUAAUAAUAAUUAUAUUAAAAAAAACAACAACACACACACACAGGAGACCUUGGCACAGCAGGAGCGGGAGCUUUAUUUGGAUCCUACAGCUGAUUACGGGAAUAAUCCUCGCUAAGAAUUCUUUGUUUAUAUUUGUGUGUCCCUCUUUCUGCCAGUGUCUACACCUCCACAUGUAAUUGACUGGAAGGAGCGGUGCCGAGAGUGAGGAUCACAACCCGCGAUUGGAGGAUAUUGUUUUAUUAACUACACGAUGUGAAUAUCUCCUCGUGCUUUAUGGGAUUAUUUUUGGCCGAAGCAGCUUUGUUUUGGAUAAGGACGCAUCGGGCAUCAUGAGUUCCAGUGCUCAUCAGCAAGUCUCAACACGCAGCGAGCGGAGCUCUGAGCCGAUCCGGUGUCAGCGGUGUCGAGAAGUAUGCAAAGGGGAAGUGGUUCGCGUCCAAGACACUCACUUUCAUGUCAAGUGUUUCACCUGCACCGUGUGUAACUGUGACCUGGCACGAUCUGGCUUCUUCCAGAAGAAGGGCGAGUACAUUUGCACGGCAGACUACCAGCGUCUAUAUGGCACACGCUGCGACCGCUGCGGCAACUUCAUCACAGGAGAGGUGGUGUCCGCUCUGGGACGCGCGUACCACCCCAAGUGCUUCGUCUGCAGUAUGUGCAGCAAACCCUUCCCGAUCGGAGACAGGGUGACGUUCAGCGGAAAGGACUGCGUGUGCCAGCAGUGCUCCCACACACUUGUCAAGUCAAAUGAGCCCAUCAAGAUCCACGGGCCGAGCCACUGUGCUGGGUGUGGAGCAGAAAUCAAACAGGGUCAGUCUCUCCUGGCACUGGAGAAACAGUGGCACGUCAGCUGCUUCAGAUGUCGGACGUGCAACAUGGUUCUCACGGGGGAAUACAUCAGCAAGGAUGGAGCGCCGUACUGUGAAGCGGAUUACCACGCCCAGUACGGGGUGAAAUGUGAAACGUGUUACAGAUACAUCAGCGGACGGGUUCUGGAGGCAGGAGGGAAGCAUUACCAUCCGACAUGUGCUCGAUGUGCCCGCUGCAACACCAUGUUCAAAGAAGGGGAAGAGAUGUACCUGACAGGUUGUGAGGUGUGGCACCCGCUAUGCAAGCAGGCUGCAAGGGCAGAGCGAAGACUCAGGCACAGACGCCUGUCGGAGACCUCCAUCUCACCGCCGGGAUCCUCCAUAGGUUCUCCCAGCAGAGUUAUAUGCGCCAGAGUGGAGAAUGAGAUCUUUGAUUAUAAGGACCUUGCUGCCCUGCCAAAGGUCAAGGCCAUAUAUGAGGUCCAGCAGCCAGAUCUCAUAUCCUCCUCAUACCAGCCAUACCACAGAUACACCUCUGAUGAAAGGCUAGACACUUUCACCUAUGGGGAGUCCCUUGGAAAUCUCUCUCCGUAUUCUCAGGAUUAUGACCAUCCGGAUGCAAAGCAGCUCCAAUGCCCCAUUCCAGGUUAUAUUGACUCCCCGACUUACAGUCGUCAAGGCAUGUCACCCAUCAUGCCUCGCUCUCCGCAGCACUUUGGCUACCCCGGCUCUGAGAGUGGCAGGAGUUCACCCUAUUAUGGCCAAGAGGGGCGAUCGAGCACACCCACCACAAACCAGCCCCCUAAACAUUUUCAUGUUCCAGCCACAGGGGAUCCCAACAUCUACAGGAAGCCGCCCAUCUAUAAGAGAACGGACAAUCAUGUGGAAUCAGCCACUAAAAGCAGAACAAGUGAGGAUAUCCUCCGAUCCUCCAGCCUGUCCACCUACUCUCCAGAGCCAUACACACAGUCGGAGUCGGACUACUACCCGUACACCAGCUCUCCGAGAGUCUACCGGGCGCCACGGCGACGCUUCUCGACGGGAGGAGAUGAAGAGAGUUGGAGUCAGGGUCUUCAAAGAAUUGGGAGUGGCAUCGGACGGAUGAUCCUCAAGGAGGAGAUGAAAGCGAGAUCUGGUUCCUAUGACAACGACCCCUGGGGCAGCGCGAGGAAUUCUCGUUGCGGGAGCAAGGAAACGCUGAACACGACAGGCUACGGCACAACGGCGUACAACAACACCGUCAAUGGCUCACCAAGAUCUCAGUACAGCGCUGAUAGUGAUUUUGGUUGCAAGUCAGCAUCGCUGCCAGGAUAUAGGCGCAAUGGUAUUCAGCGGCCUCAGAGCGCAGAUUGCUACCAGUAUCAGUAUGACGACGGCAGCGAGGUCAACUGGGGAAGCAGAGCUGAGUAUAAGGUUUAUCCAUAUGAGUCACUCAUUGUCACCACCAGAGGGCGGAAUAAGCUGCCUAAAGACGUCGACAGAGCGAGACUGGAACGCCACCUGUCCCCAGAAGAGUUUGUCCAGGUGUUCGGCAUGACCGUGGAGGAUUUUGACCGGUUGGCUCUGUGGAAACGGAAUGAGCUGAAGAAGCAGGCUCGGCUGUUCUAGUCACACCCGGGUGUGUGUUAAAUACUGCCACACGUUGAGUCGCCCGGGACCAUGAGACGGAGACGCUUCUUCUCUGUCCCACUGCCACGUCUGAAGAACUUCUUCAAGAUCUCCUCACAUGACAAACAAAAGCCAGAGUGGACGUCUGGUGACGGUGGUGGAAGGUCGCCGCGCAGAGACGGACUGGAACAUGUUUGCCAGUGCAGCCAUAGCUGUGUACUAGAGUGAAAUGUAAGCAAUAGAGACGUUCAUGCUGUAGUGCUGUGUGUGUGUGUGUGUGUGUGUGUGUGUGUGUUUUUUUUUGUUUGUUUGUUUUUCCAAGUUGAGACUGUGCUCCCUUACACAGGACCGCGUCUGUGACCAGAGCUUCAGGAUCAAAACACGAUGUGGAGAAAUUUGGCUUUGCCUUACUUGUUACGCUCUUUUAGUUACGACUGUGCAGCACCAGCAAUCUGAAGGGGUAGAAUGUAGAUACGGUAUAUCAUUUCUGACACUUUAUAAGUGUGAAUGAUAGUAAAGGAUGAGCGAGUGAGAGAGUACGUGUGAGCAUA